UAGAGCUGCAGGAGCUCUGCCACCGAAAACUUGCAAAGAUCCCGACUCACAGAAGAGUUGCAGCUUCUGUGUACCUUGAUGUAAUUGGUUCUACCUUGUUUCCUGCCAUGAGUAAAAGCAAAAUCAUGUCGGAAAAGCCUGGCCGUGCUGCUUCCCAGACAGCCCCCGCGGCUAUCAAGGGCUUUACUUGUGUCUCGAACAAAAUUGCGUCCCUCUUCGAGAACGAGCGGAUUGUCGCACCCGUUUGCGUGAUGACUCUUCAUUUCGGCAUUGCUUUGGCAAUUUUGUACGCCAGACCUUCACCUGCACCAAAACUCAACAUAGAUGGAAAUGUAUCUGGGCGACGUGUUGGAAUUAUGGGAGACAAUCAGAUUGCGAGCAGGAACCCAGCGUCGCCCACGAGGACCCAGCAUAUUGCAACCACGGGACUUGUUCAAGCAGGAGGCCGAAUGACUCACUUGAAAGCAGAGGAAGCUGCCUAUGGUGAUCUUGACCACGAGCACGUGCACGACCACCUGCUUAGUUUCUUCUUUCCUCUACCACAAAUAGACGUCGUACUACCUCCCUGGCUUCCCUUGAUGCUCUUGACCAUUUUCUUCUAUUUUUCCGCCAGUUGGGCGGAUCCGGGCUUUGUCCCGACGCAAAACUUUCCGACCGUGGGAAGUGGGGGCGUGAACCCGUUUCUGAUUCUUUUGGGCAUGCUGGUGCACCGUACUACGAGAGGACCGCCGCAACAUCUUGAUGGAACGUCGAAGCAUAAUUACGAGCUUGUCGCGGUUGUCGAGGAUGAUCAUGUGGACGACGUGGUCGCGAGGAGCCAGGACACCGGCGAGGGAAAGCUACAUGCACUUUCGCCUGGAAGAACACGUAUAACAAGUGGACCGGGGGGCGAGCUGGAGCUUACAGAAAUGACCCACGAGGCGGAUCAAGAACAUGUCGUGCUCGACAUGGACGCCAACCGCUUCAGGGAGAGGGCAACGGCAACUACGGCGGGGAUAGUAUUAACCGCCGCUGCAGAUGCGGAAACCCCAUCGAGCGGCGCUGUAUGAAUCGAGUAGAACAAUCUGUUGUCGACGACCUGUGGUGCGGUAGCUAUAUUUCUUCAUGGCAACUAGUACUCCUACUCACCGUCAGUCUCAGUGUUAGUACCGUCACAAGCACUAUGAUUGAAUUUCAAAACGACGACGAGCUGAAAUGUAUACAGUUCCAGUUGUUCGGCAGAAUGAUUUCUGAUGAUACAUGGGAGCAGUAGUUGUCUGCACGCCGACAUCAAUGUCAAUCAGGCCGAGAUGAAACAGGUCAAUAGCGACUUCGACAUUUUUUUCCAUACACAAAUCGACGCAGAUGAAGAUAGCGACGUCAUCCGACCUGCAUCCAGUCUGACGAAAGCCAAGCAGGCACCGCCCGUUGGCAGUCUGGACCACGAAGAAAUGGGAAGAAAGAUCCAGCACAAGGAGCCCGCAUCAAACGCAAACGGUCUCCGCUACUGCGAGAUUUGCGAGCUGUACCAGCCCUUGCGCAGCAAGCACUGUCGGGACAGCAAGCGGUGCGUAUUGCUGUAUGAUCACUACUGUCCUUGGAUUGGCAAUUGUGUCGGGGAAUGGAACCGGAGAUCGUUCUACUUUUUUCUCUUCUUCCAGUUCCUCGAAUUGCUCCAGUUUUUGUUUUACGGAUUGAAGGCGCUGGUGAUUUACGCUUUUCGGCCGAAAUCCUGGCUCAGUUCAUCCGGUCGUGGGAUCACCAGUGCGACCGCUAGGCCCAGAAAAACGGUGUACAACACGGGUUCAUCUUACAGUGUAUCAAAAGUAAAAAUGUCUGGGUCCGGAAACUUGUGAUGCUGUUGCUGGGUGGCGUCUCAUGAUGAGGCUACAAAUGCUGGAUCAGCAUGACAAGUUUCUGAGCUCCUCCUAGGUGUUGCCUACUCUGCAUGACAAACUGCGCUUCUGCAUCACAGAAAAACGGAGCUCUUGGGUAACGUGCAUGACAGAUUUAAGACUCAUGCCAGACAAGCAUGACAAACAUGAAUUCUUCCAGACCCAGAUAUUUUUACAGUUGAUACAGUGACCACGCGAGCAAUCUGGCCGGGAAAAUGCUGCAUGGACGGGGGAUGUCAGCCGCAGCCACGGGAGCGGUGUCGAGCGCAGGUAUUUCACCCGUAGUUCACCCAAGCAGUUUGAUGUUAGGAGCAUCAGCGUCUUCUGCAAGUGCUUUAGUCCGAGGACUGGAUGAUCACAAAGGUUUGAUGUCGACCUCAGUACCGUACUACGGUGACCAGUUCCACCAGCACACAUUGGCACCUGCAAAUGUUCUCACGCCGCACAUAGGAGCACGAGCACCAGGAGCAGCAUCCUCUAGUACUAUUGGUACUGCAAUCGUCCAAGCACAACUGGCCGGAAUGCGCACGCCGUUUCUCCUCCUGAUGACCGCUGUUACGCUGGUGCUUGUGUUCCUUUUGAUGGUGGGCGCGUUGCUCGGGUUUCAAACCUAUUUGGUUUUCGCGAACCUCACCACCUGGGAGGCGACGACGUGGUAUGGAUUGCAAAAAUGUCUGGGUCUGGAAGAUUGCAACUUGUCAUGCUAAAUCCGAAUCAUGCAAAAAUCUGUGUUGCAUGACUGCCAAAAGCUGUCCACUUUCGACCAAGAUGGGAGGGAGUUUCUCAUGCAGGAUAGGCAUGAUAGAGUUAGAGACCUCACAGACUCUGUCAUGGCAGGUCCCGCAUUCCAGACCUCAAGGGUCAUCGAAAACCUGCAUGACAAGUUUACACUCUUCCAGACCCAGAUAUAUUUGCAAUGCAUACGUGGCACAAAGUCACAUAUUUGAAGGACUUCAAACAAGCGAAAGGCUCUCCGUUCAGCCGGGGGUGGAGACUGAAUCUUGUCGCUUUUUUCUGCCCUUUGCGCUGGUGUAGGACCCGCUUAAGAAACGGGAACAUGCGCGGGGAGGCGGAGGAAGUUGUCGUGAUGAAUUGCGGGUCGAUUUCAUCUGCUGGGGGUGCUGGUGGAGAAGACCUUGUCGUUGGGGUUGAUGAAGAAGACAAUCAGGACAAGAACCGCAACACCGCAGAUGAGCUGCACGUGAAUGGCAUGAACGAAGCGGAUAUUAACCAUGCGGACUCCACCCCAAGCAAGGGAUCGAGACCUUCAGCUCGCGGCAGAAAGUUGUAUGCGAGGAGUGAUAAUGUCGUCGGAGAAAACGAAAAGAUGAGUCCUGGGGGCGCGAAAACUUGCAAUCCAAACAAGAUGAAAGUGACAUCUACGGCACUGCAAGCGAAUCAUGAUCGUCGUGGUCGACGUGUAGUCCCCGCGUUUUACUACCACCCGUGGAUUCUCGGGCCGCAGGAGGGUGAUGAGGCGUCCUCCUGCGAUCCGUUUUGUUGUGUGGAAAAAGAGAAAGACGAAGAAGAUGAUGAAGCACCCUAUGAAAAAGAAACAGAUGUUGAUUAUCGCGGAAAAAAUCGAGUUUGAUGAAGGCCUCGCUAUGUCCUUAAGUAAGAAUGUUUACAACUGAUACUGCACAAAAAAUGACUACACGAAGAUUCAAAAUUUCUCCUCGCAGUGACAGCAAGGCACUGAUGAAACUGGUAGUGGUGAAAGGAACGAUCCC